AUGAACCGGUCGAUGGAUCUCAUGGAGUUUGACGACAGCAGAGACGCGUGUGGGAUGUUACUGCACCACACUGGGGAUGUGCCGCUCCUGUCGGGCGUAGCGCACCAUGUCGACUUGAGUUACCUUCGCGCAACCGCCACGCCCCCGCCGACCGCCUCGGACCCCGCCAGCAGCAGCAGCAGUCCGAGUCCCAGCAGCAGCAAAUACGGCGGCAGUCCCGAGGACUCGUUCGGCGAAGAUGAGCUCGAAGACCGACCGUCCAGUGGACGGCGCAAGUCGGACUCGAACAGCAAACGCCCGUGGACGCGCGAGGAGAACGAGAAGCUCAUGCAGCUCGUCAAGCAGUACGGGGCCAAGCGCUGGUCGCUCAUUGCCAUGCACCUGCCGGGCCGCGUGGGCAAACAGUGCCGCGAGCGGUGGCACAACCACUUGAACCCUCUGGUGCGCAAAGACGCGUGGACGGCCGAAGAAGAUUACGUGAUCUUUGAGUGCCACAAGAACGUGGGCAACCAGUGGGCCGAGAUCUCCAAGAUGCUGCCUGGCCGGACGGACAAUGCCAUCAAGAACAGGUACUACUCGACCAUGCGGCGCAUGCAGCGCCAGUCGAUGCGCAAGAAAGGGCCGAUGCGCGAAGGCAAGAGCAUCCGCGUCGCGUCGCUCACGUCGUCGCCAGUGCAGCUGCACCAAGUGAGUCCUGCGCCGCUGCAGCGGACGAUGGACGGCCUGCAGCGGCGCUUGUCGCCGCUCGAGCAACUGGCCCAGCAACAACGUGGGAUGGACAGCAACUGCUUGAACGACUUUGACCGCUCGAACCUUCUGGGCACUCCGCUACGACAGGCGUCGGCGGUGUACCCGAUGAACGGAGGCAGCUACUUGAACAUAUUGAACCAGGAGUACAGUCGCCCCAUGUCGAUGCCGUCGUCUUCGUGCUCAACCGCCGAGGACAUUGCACCGAACAGUCAGAACAACGAGACGUUCGACUACGUCCCGAUGCAGACGUCCAUCCAGCGCCUGCGGUCAUCGAGUUCCGAGUCGGCUGUGAUGGGCACGCCUCCUCCCUCGUCGACAAUGGGCAUGAUGAACUCGCCCUAUGGCUCGCCGGCAAGCCAUAUGCACCAGUACCAGCAGCAACCGAGCAACUACAUGAUGUCGGGCAACCUGUACUCGAACAACAACGUGCGCGGUGGGAUGUACGUGGGACCAACUGGCGCCGACUCUGCUCAGCAGUAUCGACUUGCCGAUGCGCCUGUUGGGACUCUGUCGCACAAGCGCCUGCUCGAUGUCCAGAGUGCGCAGCGGGACAUGUGGAAGAACGAUAGUCCAGUGUCGGUAUCGGCCCCGAUCUACCGCACUACGUCUGUCUCGCAGCACUUCCAGCCGGGCCACGUGAACGAGCCGAUGGACCUGCAGCAGUCGAAGUCGGUCCCUGUUCCCUUGUACCGACAAGCGCCGAGCAACAGCCACUUUACGAACAUGGAGCAAGUGUGGACGGACGACGCCUACUUGUGA